CAGGAGGACUUCAUUGCGCGGCUUUGGGCCCUCAGGGACCUGGCCUCGGUGUUCCUCGCACCCUGCAAGGAGCAGGACAUGGAUGAUGAGGAGCGGUCGCGGAAGAUCAUGCAAGGCAAGGUCCUGCAGUCCAUGGUCACAGCCUUUCUGCUGAAGCUGCUGCAGAAGGCUUUUCCGCUGCUGCUGCCCGUGACUGCCCUGGACUUGGAGGGCAGCCCCCCGCGGCUGAAGCUACUGACGCCAGAAUUCCGGGAGACGAACCUGGAGGCGCUAUGCGCGCUGGGCAGAGGAGCGGCGGAGGCGUCUCCGCGGCCAAUGCUGCACUUGCUAGAGGAGAUUGAGCUGGGGGAUCCCCAGAGCGACGGCGGGGGAGAUUUGGAGACGUCGCCGCUGUCCUUGGCGGUCUUCGUGCUGUUGGCGGAGGUCUCGGCGCCCUCCCUGGUGCCUUUCGGGCUCCCUUUGUGCAUCUCGCCGGCCAGGAGGGCGAACAUCCUGAUGCGGAGCAGCUAUGUGCUGCUUUGCAACGGGGAGGCCAUGCCCGGCGUGGUGAACUUAGCAGAUCUUGGCUCGCUGGACGCCCUGGACUCCAUGACUAGCGUCAAGAAGUCGCGUGAGCCCUGCUGGGCCCAGCGGGCGCUCUUCCUCUUCGGCCACGGCGCUGCACCUUUGCUGGGCCUGGCACAGUCCGAGUUGGGAAGCUCGCUGGGGAGCAGGUGGUACCCAGGCCGCGUCUUCCGGAAGAUCCUGGAGAGUCUGACCUCCACGCCGGACGUGGAGCAGAAGGCGCGGGGCCAGCUCUUUCGGAUCACCGCCAAGGCCAUGAGGAGCUUCCCAUGGCCCAGCCGCUCCGAUCUCUACUUGGAGAUCAUCAACCAGAGCCGAAUUGACGCGGUCAUCGGCAGCAUCGUGACUCUGUUCAAGGACGACUGGUGGCGCUGCUUCUGCGAGGCGCCCGACGGUGCGCUGAAGGGGCAGCUGCUGGCAGUCCUGAAGGCGACCCUCUCCGGGGAGGUUCAGAUCGUGGACGCGAUGGACACCUUGACCGCUGCGCUGAACAUGGUACGCCUGGUCGUGCUCUCCAAGAUGCCGCAAGCGGCGCCGCUCAAAGAAGCGCUGGCUGACUUCGGCCUUGAGGCGAAGUUGGGGAACAUCUCGAAGCAGAUCGACGCGGAGCUGGGGAUCCUUGCGCACGAGUCAGGGACAACUUCUGCUUUGUUGCAGUCCCUGGGCUCCGAUAUGGAUUCCCUGGCGCACACCAAGCGGGAGCGCAUCGCCAUGGUGGCGCAUUUGGUCAGCAGAUUACGAGAGAUCCUCGCAGAAAGCUGAUUGAAAAA